CUUCUUCUUCUGAUCUUAUGUUGUUACACAGGUGUAAACAACAGCCUGUGUAUUUGUGUGAAUGUCCAGUUGACUUGCAGUGACGCUGUACUGUAGAGGGUGUCGCUGUGUCCUCGCGGCACAUGUACACCAGCUGUUUCCGGUCAUGUCAAACAAGCUGUAUUAGCCUGGUUAGCCGGCUCAGCUAACAACAUGUCGUUGUUACGACGGGAACUUUGACGACACGCCGAGUGAAGACGAGGAGACGUGACGUCAUCAUUGAAAACACCGAACAUGGAAAAAAAGAACUUUGACAGUAAACACCAGAGGAGACCGAUGAAGGCGUCAGCUGACUCCCCUCAUCUCAUUUUACCAAAUCCUCACAUUUCUGAACAGAUUUCUACAGAGAAGCAUUCAGGUCCAAUGGCAUUAAGGAAAGAAGGAGACACAGUGAGGAGUCAUAGUGCUGGAGAGAGCACAGAUAAUUUCCUACAGAGAGAGAGGGCGUCUGCACCAAAGGCAUCAAAACGCAGCACAAACGCUGACAGAAGCACAAAAGCAAGAGCUCAGAGGAGCUGCGUCCAGUUUGAGGUGAAGAUGUGUGAUUUCCCGGAGCUGUCGGGUGCUUCCGUGUCACCGCCCUCUGCUGGUCAGAAAGAGAGGAUGUCUGUGACCAGAAGAUCACCAACACCUCAAGAUCCACAGCAGAGCUGCCCGAAGCCACGCCCACCUGCUGUCUCAGCAGGUCAGACUGUGGUGACGUCGUGGGCCAACGUCGCAUCUCAGCCUGCGAAGAAACAGCUCCCUCAGGAGAAGACCACCAACCACGGCAGCAGCAGCUUGCAGUCAGGAGAAACAUUGAAUCGUCACCAUGACGACACCACAGCAAAGAAAAAACGCAGGAAGAAGAAGAAGAAGAGUAAAGAAGGUGAAGAAGAGGGGGAAACACUCGUCUACCAGGAACCUCCCAAAUUUGAGGAUGAAGAUGAGUUUCCAGGUUUGAUGAGCAGCAGCUGUUCCGCUAACAUCUGCACUCAGGAGAAGCAGAGAGACCGAGGUCCUCAGCUGUCCACCCAGGACAAAGCACCUGUUUCCAUGGAGACACUUAAAAAGGGACAGAAAACAGAAAAGGUUUCUGGUAAAAAGAGCAAAGCUCUGGUUCAGCUGGACAUCGGGAACGUGUUUGCUGUUUUGGAGAAGAAGCAGAGUCACAAAGAUAAAGCUGUCGUUCUAUCCGUUGGUGGAGGACUUCCUGUCGUCCACAAACUGCCGUCCUCUCUUCAGAAGAAACCAGAGAAGUUUGCUCACAAUCCUCUGGACUCGACCUGUCCACUGGUGAAGAAAGGAAAACAGAGGGAGGUUCCUAAAGUGAAGAAACCUACAGCUCUGAAGAAGGUCAUUCUGAAAGAACGGGAGGAGAGGAAACAGCAGCGCCUGCUGGAGGAGAGAGGAGACACAGGUGAAGAAGGUGGAGAGGAGAGAGGAGACACGGGUGAAGGUGGAGAGGAGAGAGGAGACACGGGUGAAGGUGGAGAGGAGAGAGGAGACGCAAACAUCACAGAGGAAGUGGUGAGUCCGUGUGAAGAAGCUGAAGAUCAGACCAACAAAGAAGAAACCAGGUCACAUGAUUCCUGCUGCGUCAGCACAGUCAACAUCCACAGCAGGAGGUUCAGAGAUUACUGCAGUCAGAUGCUGAGCAGAGACGUAGACGACUGUGUCGUCACUCUGCUGAAAGAACUGGUUCGGUUCCAGGACCGUUUGUAUCAGAAGGAUCCGAUGAAAGCUCGUAUGAAGCGUCGCGUCGUCAUGGGUCUGCGUGAAGUUCUCAAGCACCUUCGACUGAGGAAGGUUAAAUGUGUCAUCAUCUCGCCAAACUGUGAACGUGUCCAGUCCAAAGGCGGCCUGGACGAGGCGCUCUACACCAUCAUCGACACGUGUCGGGAACAGGAAAUACCGUUUGUCUUCGCUCUCUCCAGGAAAGCUUUGGGUCGCUGUGUCAACAAGGCGGUGCCUGUCAGUGUGGUGGGCGUGUUCAACUACGACGGUGCACAGGACCACUACCAUAAGAUGAUCGAGUUGUCUUCUGAAGCCAGAGGAGCCUACGACGUGAUGGUGUCUAGUCUGGAGCAGAAGAACCAUGCAGAGGAGGCGGAGCUACACAUCAGCUGCCAGGCGGAGCCUUGUGCUGACAGCACACAUCCAGAAGAACCAGAAUACAUAAAGCUAUGGAGGAAAAUGUUGGUGAAAGAGAAAAACCAGGUGGCGCUAGACUCAUUGUGUUUGCACAAAAAUGAAGAUUGUGACAAAAACACUGAAGAGGAGGAGAGCUGACGGAGGUGAAGAUGGGGAAGGAACUCCAGUGAAGAAGAAAGUGGGCUGGGUUUAAUCAUGUGAUGUCUCUGAACCAAUCAGAAAACAGAUCUGUUCAGGUUGUGAUCAAUAAUGUGAUUUUGUGUUAACAGGAAGUGAUGUAAUAGAGGAGGAGGCUAAAUAUUCAUUGAUCACUUUCUUAUUUUGUUCAACUGUGAAAUAAAGUUUUAGCUUGUAGAAAAAAACGGAACACAUCUGUCAAUCAAACUGUAAACCUGAAGCAUUGCAUCAUGGGAAAACAUGUUUACAUCAUCAGUGUGUGUUUAUUAUUUGACCUGCAGGUUUCCAUAGCAACGCAGCUACACUUCAGGUGUUUAUAAUCAUAGAUUUAAUAUGUUCCAUGUUUGAUGACAUCAUGAGAAAACAUUUGAAACGUGAGUCACAUGACAUUUUAGAUAAGUAGAUUGAACAGAUAAUGUCAGUCUGUGAUGUCAUGUCUCUGUGCAUUUUAAGGCCACGCCUUAAUGUUAAGUGGCUUUUUCUUCAAGGAUUAAAGGUGAAACUCGAACUGCUGAUAAACACACACACUUUGUUUCUGUGAAACAAAUGAAUCACUUUUGUUAAUGAACUGAUGUCAUUUAAUCUUUUCUAUUUUAGGAAAUAAAACUGGAAUGACCUGUCA